AUGGAAGAAACAGCUGAGCAAUACGCUAAUAUUCGUGAGAGACUCAUGAACCUUUCAAAGCAGGAGCCAAGGCCUGUGGGAUCAAGUUCACAUAAGCAGUCCGGACUAGAAAGUAGUGCCGAAAUGCAUAACAGUGAAGCUACUCUUCUUGGUAUUACUAAUUCUGCCGAACAAGAUGAUAGUUCAUCUGAUUGUGAAGUAACUACAGUUAAAUCCGAUGAAUCAGAGACAGUGCAUAAUGAGCUACGGAGAUCAUCUAGGAAACGCAGAACUCCAGAAAUUCCAAAUUUUGUUUCCGCUGAAGAAGCUGCCAAGAUAGAGUCUGAAGUUUUAGGAGAAUGUCCUAUCUGCCAAAAGAGAAUGAAAGUCUCUGAAAUACAAGGGCCACAUAUCGCCAUGUGCUUAAAUUCGCAGAAAGGUACCUCAAGUUUUCGGUCUCGACUUGGUCCCAGAUCGUCUUCUGGAAUCAGAUCAGGCUCGACGUUGAAUCGAGCUACAAAAUCUAGCGGGAUAUUUGGAGGCGAACAAGCUUCUCCUGCCCAAUUCAAAAAGCUUCCAACUCUACAUUACUCAUCGUUAAAUGACUCUAAGCUAAGGGAUGUACUCUCCAGAUUGGGAUUAUCGAAAAAGGGCUCCAGAAGUGAGCUAGAGCGACGACAUGUCAACUUUUUAAAUUUAUGGAAUGCUAAUUGCGAUUCAAAAAGCCCUGUCAGCCGACCUGAUAUCUUGCGCCAACUGGACGCGAUGGAGCGAACUCAAGGAGACCAGAGCAAUGUUAAGAUUCAAACAAAAGGCAAAAACUUCGAUAGUCAGGCAUGGUCACAAAGUAAUUCUAGCCAGUUCAAUGACCUGAUUCUACAGGCUAGAAAUAAUAUGAAAAAAAGGAGGACGGAUGCUCUGUCACCCUCAGAGCCCACCAAUUCGUAG